UGGUAAUAACAGUAAUAGUGGUGAAGGUGUCAAAGAGUGGGAUGAGAGGAACAUGGCAGAAUUUGGGUGGCAGUUUUAUCUGCCCUACGCGUGUGUACUACCUACAAACUUCCAGAUGAUACCACUACCUGAUGAUGCUUUUUUUCGGGAUUUUUUCAAAUUUUUUGGGGGUUAUUCGCCGGAAACUUCAUUAGCUUUCCUUUAAGUAAGCCAUUGCCACUCUUAAGUUGUUGCAAAUUACUACUAUCAUAGCAUACUUUAGCCGGGAGAAGCAACAAAUAGAGAAAGUUCACGAGUUUAGUUAAUUAAUCAAUUAAUUAAAAAGAGAUGGCACAAGCGACGGUGACUUCUCACGGGGAGAAAAUGAAGACGUUCAGGCUGUUGAGUGGGCGAGCGAUCCCGGCGGUGGGAAUAGGCACCUGGAAAACCGGAUCGGAAGCUGAACACGCCGUUUACUCUGCUUGUGGGGCUGGUUACCGUCACAUCGACACCGCUGCCCAGUAUGGUGUUCAACCCGAGGUAGGACGUGCGAUCAAAAGAGCUGUACAUGAAGGUGUUGAGAGGGAUUCCUUGUUCGUUACCUCCAAGCUAUGGUGCACCGACUUAAGUCCAGAGAGAGUUCGCCCCGCAUUUGAAAACACCCUUCGUGAGUUACAACUCGACUACCUUGAUCUUUUCCUGAUACAUUGGCCGUUCCGAUUGAAAGAGGGAGCAAGCAGGCCGCCUAAAGCAGGGGAAGUAAUGGAAUUCGAUAUGGAAGGGGUGUGGAGGGAAAUGGAGGAGCUGGUGAAGGAAAAGCUGGUUAAAGACAUCGGGGUUUGUAAUUUCACCAUCAAGAAGCUCAACAACUUACUGGGCUUUGCUAGAAUCAUGCCCUCUGUAUGCCAGAUGGAGAUGCACCCUGGAUGGAGGAAUGACAAAAUGCUGGAGGCUUGCAAGAACAACCGCAUCCAUGUCACCGCGUAUUCACCAUUGGGCUCACAAGGGCAUGGGAGAGAUCUGAUACACGACCCCCUAGUGGAGAAGAUAGCCAUGAAACUGAACAAGAGUCCUGGUCAAGUUCUGGUGAGGUGGGCUAUCCAGAGAGGCACCAGUACCAUCCCCAAAUCAACCCACCCCGACCGGAUUCAUGAAAACUUGCAUGUGUUCGAUUGGGAUAUUCCCCACCAGGAUUUCCAAGCUCUUUGCAGCCUUCCUGAUCAGGUCCCAAAAACUAAAAAAGAAUAAAUAAAAAAGCCGCAGCAGCAGCAUUUCAUUACAUUUGUCAUUGUAUUCUAGUACUAUAAUUGAAAUGAAAUAGUUACACAAUUUCCUUGGCUUAAUCUUCUUGAUGUGUGUAUUGGCGCAGAAGCGGGUAUUGGACGGGGAAGAGUUGUUCGUCAACAAGACUGAUGGGCCUUUCAAGAGCGAAGCAGACCUUUGGGAUCACGAGGACUAGAGAGCCCAUGUAUCCAAAUAAUUGGUUACGUCUUAUGUCUGCUAAUUUUACUAAGCCCCAAAACAUCGACGAAGAUAUCAAGUGAUGCAGAAUUUCGUUGUCUAUGCAACUAGUUUGUUUAUUUAGAACUUUUAAACAAUAGUACUUCAAAGUUACGGAACUUAUAAUGCAUUAUGCGUUGUUGGACAGAAACUUACAAUGCAUUAGUUGACGACGUU